GUCCAGACGCCCGCAGCUAGCAGACGCUCGCAGGUCCUUCAGCAACCGAGUUGUUCAUCGAUCGAAUUAAAAAUGUCCCUCUCGGAAUUCAGGCGAAAGAAGCUUCUCUACGUGUUCAAUGUGUUUUUCGAUGUCAAUCAGAGCGGCACAAUAGAGAGAAAAGACUUUGAACUGGCUAUAGAGAAAAUCUGCUGUUUUCGGGGUUGGAUGCCUGGUGAUGCGAAAUACGCAGAGACCCACGAAAUCAUGAUCAAGAUCUGGGAUGGUCUUCGUAAGAGGGCUGACUCCAACAAAGAUGGACAGGUAUCCGUCGAAGAAUGGAACUCUAUGUGGAACGACUACGCCCUCAACCCAUCAGCUGCACUGAAGUGGCAGCAGCUGUACUGCCACUUCAUGUUCCAGCUGGAGGACGCCAGCGCUGAUGGCUCCAUCGACUCUGACGAGUUCACCACUGUCUGCUCCUCCUACGGCAUCGACCCUCAGGAGUGUAAGGUGGCCUUCACAAAGAUGGCUAAGGGCAAAAAUAGCGUCUCGUGGGAAGAGUUCCAAGAAUUAUGGAAGGAGUACUUCUCCACUGAAGAUCCGAAUGCCGCCGGCAAUUUUAUUUUUGGCAGGACUAGCUUCUAAGCGAAUACUAAAAAAUUGUUGAAAGCAGUUUCGAAGACCACUGAAUGUGGGAGAAAGAAUCGCCCUCAGGGCAUUCCGUCUCAUCAUUCCAAUUAGAUUUAUGCAAUCUCGGAUUCAUGGUCUAAAGACCAAAAAGAGAGCCGAGACCAAUUUUGGAAGAGUAUGCACUGGCCAUAAGUUGUGUUCAUUACAAACCAUAAUUAUCGAAGUGUAAUUGAUUAUACCUAAAAACAUAUGAUCUACAAAUGAAGAAUAUGAGACAAGAAUAAAUCUUACGUAAUUUUUAUCAUUUCUAUCUCCGAACAUCCCACAUUGUUCACAGAUCAUGUAGUUUUUCGAAAAUUUAUUAAAUCUAGUUUGGAGGUCUCUUAAGAAACACAUUAAUAUGGCUUGUGUAUAUUCUUCAAAGUUUCAUAAGGUUUGAGGCCAAUAAAUUAAUUUGUGUGUCUGUGUUCAGAAUAGUGCAUUUGACUUCUCUAAUAAAUCGACUUACAAUUUUACCUACUUCAUUUUAACGCUCAAAUAUUAACUAGCAUUUCAAGUCCUUAGGAUUUAAUCUUUUGACAACGAAUAAACUCACUUUUGCCAUUAAUAGCAUAUCUAGUAGUCAUAUCUAAUUGAUAAUUCAUAUUCUUACUCAUCUCAAUAUUACCCGAAUUAAAUGUAUGUAUAUGUAAUGCACUUAAAAUUUUUCGUUUCUUGAUUGUCAAAGAUAUUAUUUCUGUAAUUAUAGGUUAUGAAUUUCAUAUUAUUAGGUCCAAUUAAAUUAAGUACACAAAUUUUAAGGUCACCUAACCUCUUAAUAUUUCCUGUUUCGAUAAUUCUGUAUCUACAUAGAUAACUUCUGCCUGUCUUUCUUCGUAACUGUUUUCUUACUUCUUAAAACUUUUGUCUGAUUCUGCCUUGAAAUGUUUGAACUUAAUAUGAUCGGUCCUUAAAUAUUAAUGUCAUUAUAAGAGCUAUUCCGCUUGUGAGGAAAAUCUCAUCUUUUUUUAUAAUUGUAUGAAUGUUAUCUCUUCAUUAAAUUCUAGUCAUUUUAUCUCUUAAUAUAAGUGUAUGUGUUAUAAAAAAUUUAUUACGUUGCUCUGAU